CUUCGGGUUUAGAUGGUAAAAUACUCAAGAUGGUUAGAGCAUGCCGCGCAUGAGAAACGCUGCAAUGCGCGAGUUCUGGGCGGGUGCGAUUAGAAAGUGCUGUUCCCGUGGCGAAGUCAACGCGCGCGAUUUAGUCUUUACGUGGACUCUGCGACUGUUUGCAGGACUUUGUAUUUCCGAUGUGGACCGAAUCACGUGCAUCGCAAAGUUUGUGAAAUUCGUGCCAAAGGUGCCAGCGAUUUUUUACGCGAUUUAUUGAUUGGAUCGAGUCCGGGGCUCAAUCUUCGUUAGAAAGACAAUUUAAGCCCGGAUUCUGCAUCAUUCCCUCCGUACAAUUAAAGAAGUGGGAUAUGUGUUAAAUAAAUUAGCGCAAAUAGUGGUUUAAAUUCGAAAAGAGAGAAUCGGUGCUGUUUCCGUGCUUGUGCCAUGAACCCCAACUAACUUUGUCCUCUGAGCAACGUCAUAAAACUGCUUCGACAUGGAGACUGAAGAACUCAUCAAACUCGUUGAUGGAAUUUACAAGAAUAUCCUGGAUAAGUUUAAUCCAGGUGCAAGACAAAUGAUCAACGCUGGAAAAGCGUACCUCAAAGCUCUCCACGGUGCUGCGGCAGCAUCCAGAAUGUAUGUAGAUGCAAUUAAUAAGCUCGCUCGUCAAGCGCAACAAGGAACCUGGGGUGGAUCCUCAGACAUCGGAGCCGCCCUAAUGAAAAUUGUCGAGGUUUACAAAGAGAUUCAAGACCAACAAAUGAACAUACUUAAAGCAUUUUACGUCGACUUGCUCGUUCCACUCGAGACCAAUUUGGAAAAGGAUACCAAAGUUGUACAGUCCGAGCAGAAGAGAUUUUUACAGCAGCACAAGCAGCGGUCGGAGACUUACAGUAAAGCCGCUGCUAUGAUGAAAAAGCAACGGAAGAAAUCGAGAACUUCGCAAAAAACGGGACUAGCCAUGGAUAAGGAACUAAAGAAUAUGCAAGUCCUGGAAGAGGAGAAAACUAAAUUGGACGCUUUCUGUGAGCAGAGUCUUAAAAACGCAAUAACCCAGGAGCGCAGACGUUACGGAUUUGUUCUUGAAAGGCAGUGCUCUCUGGCGAAACAUUAUUUAUCUUUUCACAAUCACGGACUGGCUGCAUACCAACAAAAUCUGGAGAAAUGGUCGGAAGUUGCCAAAACAAGGGAAUAUCUUCCGGAAUCUGUCGAAAACAUUUUCACAAACAGACUAAGGCAAAUAUCAGUCUGGCAGGACGAGGACGUGUACUCGAACCCAAGGAGUCCCAAUCUCGAAGACGAUCGAAUCAGUAUUAGCUCUCAGUUACGGAAAACCAAGAGCAUGGACGCGUCCUGUCUUGAUAUACGUUCAAUCGGCGACGUCGGGUCCCCAGUGACGACGCUAUCAAGGGCCAAAUCGGAGUAUAAUUUAAAUUCUUCGACACAUUCACUUGCACACGAGGGCCACACUCCAGCCCAUCGGCCCAAAUCGAUCGCUGUCCCACCGCCACCGCAGUGGGAAACGCAACUAGCUCGAGCGCUUUAUGCCUACCUUUCCAGUGGAGAUAAUCAACUCAGUUUUCUUGAAGGAGAUCUCAUCGCCCUGAUAGGGGAGCGAAAUAAGGGCUGGCAAUUCGGAGAGAACUUGAGGACACAAUGCAGUGGAUGGUUCCCAUUAGCAUACACUGAACUUCUAGAUGAUCCUACCACGUCGCCAACUCAUCGCAGUGAUGCCGGUGGAUCUGUUCAAAGUCAGCAGACGCCAACAAACGGCGGCAACCCCAUGUCGCUCGGCGGCUCCGGCUCUCCUUCGGGUAACAAUUCGACGCUAGACCCUCCAGCCCCUCGUAUGUUCGGCGACACCCUCCAUUUGCAUAGAUCCUCCAAUAACGCUAAACAGAUUCGGCGAGCGAUCGGUUCUAACAACAUUCCGCCCCCGGCUUUGCCGGCUCCGGUGCCGACCCCCUCCUUGCCAUUCCAGAAGAUCGGCAUUUCACAAUCACAAAGUGCCAACUUCAAGUCCAGCGCCGACACGUCUAGCUUCCAAUCCCCGUACCAAACAGGGAUAAAAUCAUCAACAUCCACCUUUAGUUUCUCGACACCUCCCACAGGAACCUACUCCACGCACCCCCAGCCCGCCAGGGCCGACCGGCCCACGGCGGGCGCUCCUCUGCCGCUGCAUCUGCAAAGCAAGAGCGGAAAAAUCGGCGGUCCCGUCGGAAACGUAUCGUUACACAGCAGUAACGAUUCCGGGUUCAGCAACGAUCCGCCGCCACAACCAGAGAUUGAUUAUUCAGAUGACGACUCCAUUUCUGGACAAACUAAAUUGCCGGCGAGAAGAGUCCGUCGCCAGCCAAACAGUGACGGUAAUAAUAACACAGUGCAAAAGAAUGUAAGACAGGCAAACAGUCACGGGAAUUUGAUCGACAACAGAUAUUACAUGUCCGAUGAUCAGGAUGCGACUAGAGAGCGUAAAGGUCUAGUUAAGAGAACUAAGUCGUUCUGGAAGUUUGGCAAAAACAGUUCGGAUAAUGAGAUUUUAGAAGGCAUGGCCUUGUGGAGGCAUAGGGACCUUGUGGACGUGGAAGAAGAGAAAAUUAAACGAAAGAACAGGUUUAAUAGUCAAGAGAGAAUUAAAAAACCUAGUCGUGACAGAUCAAACGAUUCAGAUCGCACAAUUAACGCCAACCAAAAUAUAGAAAGUGAGAAUAGAAAGGAAGUUGAGCAGAGAAAAAAUGUAGAAAACGCGAGACAAUCCUUUAGGGAAAAACCAAGACAUUCUGACUUGGACAAGGAAAAUUACGGUUACCACAAGCGAAAUAAUAAACCGGCAAAUGACCAGUUUUACGACGAUGAUGGUGAUGGACUGAUUAUGAAAACAGUUAAUCGCAAGAACAUUUUGCAACAGUACAAUAACGACUCCUCCGUGGGCGAUUCCGAUUCCGAUUCGGAAAUCACAAGCGACGAUCCGUACGACUGUAUUCUGGUGGACGACCAGAACGUAAACAAGCGCGAAAACCACUUUCCCAACGUUGUGGAAAUCGGUAAGAAGCUGGAAAAGCUGUCAAAAUCGAGCAAGUUCUCGCCCAACAACGGCAACAACCGCCAUUCAGUGGCGGAGAAAAAUUUGCGCAACAAUUUCGAAAAGAAUCUCACCUCGGACAACCACAACCUGAUCCAGUACGAGAAGCAGCACAGCUUCAAAACUUUCGGAGUGGAAUCUCCGGAGCCGGACGACAACGAGCGCUAUCAGAGUCGCAAUAAAAGAAAUAAUGAAACUAAUGUCCAGGAAAAACGCCGAUAUUAUGCCGAUGCGCCCAAACGCAAUAACUCAAACGAAAAACAAACUAGACCAAGUUACGAAAGUAUCGAUUCGGACGUGGACAAGCGGCGGGAGGGCCGCAGCAGCCGCCGAUCGAAUUCGGAAACGGAGCCCCGAGAUAAAAAAUAUUACGACUCGGCCAAUGACGAGUUGUCGGACGCCGCGGAAAACAGGCAGAUUAUUCCGCGGACGAAGCUGACUAAGAGCAAUAGUCACCACUCGGAGGAGAACGGGCUCAUGGAGUACGGGGAGACGCUGCAGAGGCGCUUGAAAAAGCUGGAAUACGGGACCAAGUACGACGAAAAGUCGGCACAUAACGGGAACAUGUACGGGCCUUGGUAUGACUUGUGGGGCCUUGACGCUUCCGCCCGAAAAUAACUUUCUGACUUUCUUGAAUUUUUGCAUGUCUUUGAUCAUUGCACGGUUUACGGUUUUGGCUCUUUUUCAGGUCUAAUAACUUUGCCACCAUUAAGCUGCGCAAAACUAAUCCUAACACAGACCGAAAUGCUUCACUUAUCCUUGAGUAGAUUGGCUUCACUACUGUUUUCGUUCUUCACCAACAUACGCUAGUCUUAAUUAUUACUCUAUACUUGCAUGCGUUAUACGGGACGUUGUUAUUGUACAUAUUAUAUUUAUUGUUGUAGCGAUACUCUUAUUUUCACUCAUUUUUUGUACAUAUCUACUUUUGGUGGUUGGGGUGGUGCAAUAAGGUUUGAAUGUAAUACAAACUAACUGUAUUUGCUUCGUAAUUUAAAUCUAUCUAUUGUUAAGUUGAAUACCGCCAGCUCAAUCCCUUUUAAUAUGAAACAUUUUUAGGGGCUAGUGAAAUCAGAGACUGUGAUAAACUUACAACUUUUGUAGUGUAUUAUACUAACGCAUUUAGUAAGAUUGAAAAAUAAUUAGCAAAACACGUAAUCAUACACUAACGAAUACUCAAUAGGUACAUACAUGUUAUAUUGCCACUUUUUGAAUAAUUAUAAUCUUUGACGAAUGUUUUAUUGUUGCUGACCGUCCAUUUUGUUACAUUUAGACAUAAUGUUAGUGUUAUAGUGUGGUAAAUUAAUUGUAUUAAUAUCAUUAAUUAUUAUUACCUCGGAAUAUAUAAAGGCAGGGGUUCCCUAGGCUAGAACUUGAAUGUAACAGUCCACUUAACCGUAUAUUUAUUAGAAUAAAUAAUAUACUCGUAGCUAUUGUCUAUUGUAAACCUGACAAACAAAUAACUUGGUUUUACAUAAAAACAGCAGAGUUAUUAUUGUUGUACUUAAAAUGUAUAUCAUUUUCAUAUAAAUAAAGAUUUAUAUUGUUUUCUAA